GGCGGUCGACCAGUCGCUGGGCUCGCGGCAGGAGGGUGCUCGUCCGGGGCGCCCUCUCGGUAGAGGCGUCGUGGAGUCGACGGCGGACUCUGCCAGGUUACAUUGCUGUUGAUGAGUAGUAUUGGCCACAGGUCACCAUAUAAUGGAUGGGAGGGCAGACUCCUUGGUGAUGACUGUGCACCUGCUCGCCAAAUCUGGCCACGCAUUACUCUUGCAGCAAACCCUUGACCAGCUUCAGGAAUGGAUCUGCCUGGACCUGCGUCUCUUCCUUGUGUCGGAACGCACCUCUCCGAUGAAGUAUUACGAGACCUACCGCCAAAAGAGCUCCAGGUUCCCUGGGACAUCCGUUCUGCUUUUUUUGCACGAGGACUUUGGGGAGGAGCGGAUUUUCCAAGUCCACGGCUUUUUCCAGCACCCACCGUGGCAGCGCAUCCACAUCGAAAGUGCCAGGAAAGGGCGGCUCUCUCCCCAUGCCCUUGACUAUCAGGACUUCUAUGGGCUGGAUGAGCACAUGCCCGUGUGGGGACUGAGGCAGGUUCAUUACGGCACAGAGAUUUUGCGCGUCACACUCUACUGUAGCUUUGACAACUACGACGAUGCCGUCAGGCUCUAUGAGAUGAUCCUGCGGAGAGAAGCGGCUGUGCAGAAACACAGCUUCUGUGCCUUCGUACUGUACGCGACCCAAAGCAUUGCAGUUCAACUCUGCUUGAAGCAGCUGCCUCUGGGAGUGUGUGUCGACGCCAAGGAGUCUUCGGUGCUGCAGUUCAAGGUGCGUGAAAUCGGGCAGCUGGUGCCGCUGCUGCCUCACCCCUGUGUUCCUAUAAGCAGCACUAGGUGGCAAACAGAGGACUACGAAGGAAACAAGAUCUUGCUCCAGGUUCAAGACAGCUCAAAGCACAGUGGAAACCAAGGUUCAUCUUCAAGUUGCCACAACAAUGCCCACGAGGACAGUGUCCCCCUCUCCCCCUCCAGUCCAAUCCCAUUGGCUACCAAAAGACCUGCUGUGCAGCCAAAAACCCGGACACUUCGAGCCAUGAAGAAUAAAAACAAAUCCACCCGGGGUCUGGCGUGUGCUCUGGGAAGUCUUUGCAGUCCCUCCCAAAGCAAUGUUUGCUCUUUGUCCCAAUCCCAUAGUCCAAAAGGUUCUUUGCAGGAUCUAGGCCCUCCCCGAGUCAACUUGGGUGCUAAAUGGAGACAUUCCAGCCAUGAGCUCUGGCUGUGUCGCGAGGAGGAGGAGACUAACGUUGACACAGGCAACAGAGUGGCAUCUUCUGAAUGCAGUGACUCUCCACUAAAUAGGUUUUCAAGAGACUUGCAAAAUGGACUUCUUCAAUCCCAGGCCUCGUGCUGUUCAUUCACAGGAGCUGGUUCCAGAAACAGCUUGCACUCGCAGGACAGACAUGCUCAGUCACCGCAUAUUGCCAAACGAAAUACAGGAUCAGGACAGAGACAGUCAGGAUUCCAAUUGGGAAUAUCAGGAGCAAGCCAUGGAGAAGAGGAGGAGGAGGAAGAAUUCUUUAUAUGACUUUAAAUCCAAAUUCUUUGCUAGGUUGAUUUCUCAGUGCCUUACUUCUGAAAUAACAGAGUGAACAAUCUGUAUGCUACACAAUGGCUCUGUCUUUGUGUAGAUACCCCAGCUGUCUAUACUACCUUUUUAUAUUAGUGUUAAAAAGAAAGCUUAAAAGUAGUUUACAAGAGAGCAAAUCAUUCAUGGACUUAAUAACUAAUGCGAGGACUUUAAAAAGAGGAGGAGGAAGAGGGUUGUGAAUAUUUUAGGUAGAGGAUUAUUGUGCAAUAGACUGAACAAAGCCAUUCAUUCUAAUGCUCUGCAAGUUUUCGACAUUUAAUUAGAAACCUGGGAGCGAAACCUAUUCCCCAUAUAAAACAUCUUUUAAUAUCUGCAUGUUGUGGCCAGUUAGUGGCACAGUGUUUUCACGUGUGCUUUGCUGUUCAGCACAACGUGCUACCAGAGCUCCGGAUUUAGACGCUAGCAUCUGAUUUAAGGGACUAUCUGGAGCCUUAUAGUAACUAUACCAGUGGUUUGUAGUUAGUUAGUUUGAGGGGUCACAUAGUGUAAUGUGACUAUGAGCCUGCAAUAAUAGUGUUGCCAUAGAUUUUUAAGAGGAGGAAUUUUAGAAUUUGGUAGUUUGAGAAGUAUAUAUAAACUUCAUGUCACACAAUGCGAGCUGAAUUCUUUGGUUUAAUAAUUAGGGUUCCUGGAUUAACUGUGGAUUAAGUGUUUUAUCUGCUGGAUCCCUCUUUCCAAGUGUUUUCUGGCCCUUUCUACACCUGCCUUUUUUCCAAGGAUUGUCCCUGUGCAUCCAAAUGACGCACGGGAUUCCAGGAGCAGGCAGGGAUGAUCCC